CCGUGGGCGCAGCAGAAACGCGAGAGGGGAGGGUGGAAACGAAGAAACCAAGCAGGCAGGGAAGCAGCGGGCUCGGUGAGUUGGGUGAAAAUCGAUGGCCAUCAGCGCCCAUGGGCGGCCUCGCGUUUAGGACAAGGAAUAGCCCCUCCCAGAAGACCUCGCUCCGGUGGGGCGACUGCUGUCCCCCAAACCUCAACCCAGCAUCGUCGUCGGCCGUCUGGAAACACCGUCACCAGGAAAUGCCGCCGGUGCCCGUGUGAGGCUGCCCCCCGCUGUUGCGUGAUUGUACCUCGCGGGGAUUUCAAAGAUAUCCGGACGAUCCCAAAGCGGAUCAACCGCCGAAUUUCUUGGACCUACGUCUCCGUCAGCUCGAGCUCGCGCCGGUGGACUCCUAUUCCCCGAAAAUGAUUAACAUCGCCGGGGUGGUUUCGAUCGUUCUCUUCUACCUGCUGAUCCUGGGCGUGGGGAUAUGGGCGGCCAGGAAAAAGGAGUCGGGCAACGAUUCCGAGGAGGAGGUGAUGCUGGCUGGCCGCUCAAUCGGGCUCUUCGUCGGAAUAUUCACGAUGACGGCGACCUGGGUCGGCGGUGGUUACAUCAACGGCACCGCCGAGGCGAUUUACACCAAGGGUUUGAUCUGGUGUCAAGCGCCCUUUGGAUACGCCCUCAGCCUCGUUUUCGGUGGUAUUUUCUUCGCGAACAAGAUGCGACAGCAGGGGUACGUCACGAUGUUGGAUCCGCUUCAAGAUGCAUUUGGGGAGCGUAUGGGCGGCCUCCUCUUUCUGCCUGCCCUGUGCGGUGAGGUCUUCUGGGCGGCGGGUAUCCUCGCGGCCCUCGGCGCCACGCUGGCGGUCAUCAUCGACAUGGAGCAGAGCACCUCCGUCAUCCUGAGUGCCUGCAUCGCGGUUUUCUACACUCUCUUCGGCGGUCUUUACUCCGUCGCUUACACCGACGUCAUUCAGCUCUUCUGCAUAUUCAUCGGUUUGUGGAUGUGUAUCCCGUUCGCUUGGACCAAUCCGAACGUAGAAUCCCUUGGUUCUAUGAACGUUGAUUGGAUCGGCAAAGUGAAACCCGAAGAGUACUGGUAUUAUUUGGAUUAUGGUUUACUUUUGGUGUUCGGCGGUAUACCUUGGCAAGUGUACUUCCAACGUGUCCUCUCCUCAAAAACCGCGGGGAGAGCUCAAGUAUUGAGUUACGUUGCCGCCAUAGGUUGUAUUCUCAUGGCCAUUCCUCCCGUCUUGAUUGGAGCAAUCGCCAAAGCAACUACUUGGAACAAUACGGGAUACGAUGGUCCUAUACCUUUCACGGAAACGGAGAACAGCAUGGUUCUACCGUUGGUCCUUCAACAUUUGACACCGGACUUCGUUUCCUUUUUCGGGUUGGGGGCAGUAUCGGCGGCGGUGAUGUCUUCUGCGGACAGCAGCAUUCUCUCUGCUAGUUCGAUGUUUGCUAGAAACAUUUACAAAUUGAUCUUCCGCCAGCGGGCGUCGGAAAUGGAGAUCAUCUGGGUAAUGCGAGCGGGGAUCGGCGUGGUCGGCGUGCUGAGCACCGUGAUGGCCCUCACAAUACCAUCGAUCUAUGGCCUCUGGUCGAUGUGCUCGGACUUGGUCUACGUGAUCCUGUUCCCGCAGCUGUUGAUGGUGGUGCACUUCAAGGACUAUUGCAACACCUAUGGCAGUCUGUCAGCGUACAUAAUCGCCUUUCUGGUGCGCAUCAGCGGCGGCGAACCGAUGAUGGGAUUGCCCGCGCUAAUACACUACCCGGGCUACGACGAGGAGACAUCGACGCAAAUGUUCCCCUUCAGGACGAUGGCGAUGCUGAUGUCGCUGGUGACUCUCGUGGGCGUAUCGUACGGCACGCAGUUCGUCUUCCUGACCGGGCGGCUCGCGCCUGGCUACGACGUCUUCAGAUGCGUGGUGAACAUUCCGGAGGACGUCGAGCGGGUGGGCCCGGACCCGGCCGAGGGCGAACAGAUGGCGGUCCUAGCUGCGGGCGUCGGCAGGCUCUACGGCAGCAAGGACGAAUCGAACGGCCGAGUGAAUCCUGCGCUCGAGCCGGACUACGACAUGGAGCCGGGAUGUACGAUGGUCGGAGGUACGGCGGACGGCGUCGUCGGCGGCGGUGGCGGCGGGGUCGGCGGCCCCGGGGGACACCUGGUGCCACACGUGCCCGGAGGCGCGUCCCGACAGCCGCAAUCCAGCACCGCGUUCUAAUUCCUGGUUCCGUGAUCGGAUGCUGUGACCAACAAUAAGUGCGGCGGUGCGGGUCUCUGUCUUUCGUUCCCCUUCCCCCUCGCUCCUCUCUCGCGCGAAUCACCUCUUCUGCCACCCUUCACCCGCUACAUGUUACGUUCCGCGGAUGGCAAUGGGCUUUCUUUCAAACCUUGUUGCCGGUCAUUAUUGCUUCUUUCAGCGAUUAAAGUGUUCCUCUUAACUCAUCAUACCGUAUAAAUUUUUCGAUAAACGCAAUGGAUCAUUUGUUUCAAACGUCAAAUCUCGAGGGGCCUUAUUUCGAUCAGUUACACAUUAAUAUCGCUACACCUGAUGACGUGUGUUAAAAUAUUUUAUUUGCCAAAUAAUUGCUAAAGAAAUUCCGAAACUGAAGGAAAUCUCGGACAAGAACGUUAAUGCUAGAACGUCCGAUUUGCCUCCACGUUAUUUUACAUCUUGUACUUAGUCUCGAUCUAAUCGGCACGAGGCGCUUAAUCAUAUAUAUUUAGCUAGCGUUGCUUCUUUUAAUCAUGUGUCUCCGAGAGAAAUGUGAAAGUAAUUACGAUUAUUGUAGAUCGAAAAUCGUCAAUGGCACAAAUUGUCCCUCUCGGAGGGUCGUUCUAGUGUUAAUCGGCUUUCCGGUUUUUCCAACUGGUAAAUCCACAGUGUCCCCCGUUUUCCAGUUCGCUUUUCCUUUCUCUAUCCGCCCUACGAUCAUCGGAGCUCCGAGACGAGCCAACAAUGCGGUGGCCUGCGGUAAGUCCGACACGAAGUUUCUUUCGUAUCCGCGUACCUAAGUGUGCACAUGCGUGUGCGUAUGUGCGUGCAUGCGUGCGUGCGUGCGUGCGUGCGUG